GCCUCAGUCUGCAACCACCCUUACGCUCACACGUUUUGCUGCUGCUGCUACUACUGGCAUGCAACCGUAAUUAGCACCAUCGCCAUGUGGUGGUGACUGGGACGAGCCGCGUUGACCACGCCCACACAGCUCUCAAGCUGUCGCUUCACUCCUGAAGUCGAAUCCACGCACAUCCACGACAACUUCUCCUUUCUCGAAUCCAUCAAAACACAGCAAGCGAUGGCACAGUAUCACGACUUGUACGCACCAUAGACUCUCUCCAUGUCUACGAUCGACUGCUCCGACCGACGGGGCUUCACCUCGAGCUCAUCCAACGAUGGCUUGUGGAUCGAACACGAGACGCCCUCCGAAGCAAAGUCGACCGAUAGUACUCGUUUCAGUCGCGUCCGGCUUCCGUCACCACCUCCUCCGCCAGCAUCUUUGCGGCCGGACGUGGCCUCUCUUGAUGCCCCUAUAGCCUGUUUGCCUACGCAAGCAGAACCCGAUACAUCUCGUCGUCCUUGUGCAGCCUUUCAGGCAUCGGGGCCGACAACUCCGCGUCCUUCGUCUCACGAAACUCGACACAGGGCACCCAACCAUUUUCCUCCUCCUCCUCCUCCUCCGCCGCGGUCGCGGCCUCCCGGGGUUCGAUCGCCCUCGUAUACCACGUUUCUACAUCCACCGCCGCUGUCCCUGCUGCCGCCGCCUCCCUCCGGAGCUCGACCAUCCCCGUAUACCACGUCUUUACAUCCUCCACCACCCCCUCCACCGCCGCCGCUCCUGGACAUGGGCCUUAAGGGUAAAAGACUGGCGAACAUCCCGGUUUUAAGGAGUCUGUCCCCGUCCAUGUCGCCAUCCUCGGGGUCUUGGAAUCAUGAGUACACUAGCUCAGAUUCCGAAACUAGCUCCAUGGAGGCCGACUACCUUGAACACCAAAACAGGACCACGUUUCCACCCCUUUUGCCCAGUGCGCAAGGGCGGGCGCUCGAGAGGAAACAAAUGACUGACUCGAUCACAAACAAAGUCUCGCGUCUCGAAAACUCCCGGGUGUCCGUUCCUAGCCUUGUUGCCUCCGAUGCAUCGUCAGCAGCAUCAGUAGCGUCGAUGGAGGAUGAUGGUGUGCAGGGGCUGUGGGUUCAGAUGAAAGAGCGCCGCCAGCGUCUGAACUCGCUCAAGCAGGACAUGGCCACCAAACGUAAGGCUCUCCAGGAGCUGCGUCGCAGGAAAGACGAAGCCGACAACACGUUCAUGAAAACGCUCCGCCCUAUCCUUGUCAGGGACCGGCGGGGUCUAACGGGAGCGUCCGACGAACUGCUGGACGAACGCUUUGCGGAGAUGCAGUCACUUCGUACAGAGUAUCACUGGCUUGAGUCUGGGUAUGAGGGACACGAGUUCGCGCUAGAUGAAGAAGAAGUCGAACUCAUCAAUAUUGAGACGAGAUUCUUCAGUCUCUUGGCUGCUGGGAACAGAAGGAACAUCCGCUCGUCCAUUCGUAGGGACGAUUCUGAGGAUGACGAAGCGGAGGAUUCGGCAGAUUUGCCAUAUGAACUGAGGGGCAUCUCCCGUCAUGGUCCAACUGACGAUGCCCAUCCACUCUGGGAAGACCUAGUGUCCGCGGUUGGGGAUUUGAGCAACGCCAAAGAAGAGUACGAAGACCUCCUCCUAUACCACAAUCAAUAUGCCUACAGUAUGGACGUCAAAAAAUAUGCUGGGUUGACGCCUAGCGCAGAAGAGGUCGAGUUUAUGGACGAGUUUCCGGAAGAGGAGCGCGAGAAGCGGGAAUCUGUCGAUCGCCUAACGGAGGAGGUGGGCAGACUGAAGGAAGUUUGCAAGCGUAAGGGGGCAAUGAAAAAGCAUCCGUCCUUCAAAAUCGCGUAUGCUCUCGACCCAAACAUUGGAGAGGAUUUGUCACUAGACAGCCUCCCUCCACAGUCGGGGUCUCUCGCACAUUGGCAGUUCCCAGAGCUUCUAUCCCAUCCAGACCACGUUCUCCGAGCAGAGCCCUCGACAGCUGUGGAUGAGUUGAAACGCGCUGCGAAACUUCCCGCCGACAACCCGGUGAGGAAGGCGCAGCUGUACGCGGCCCAAAAGGAGUACAGCAUCUCGAGGCUAGUCAGCGAGUUCAAGGAGGAGGAUAAAUCCGACUUCAUCACCAGGUGGCUUCUGCACCAGCUGCGGACGUCACCGCUUGCAGUCAAGCUCCUAUACUCGACAUUCGUCCAAACGAUUCGGUUAAGGAUUGUGAACCUACAGCGUUGGCAGCAAGAUGUGCUCUUCCACUGGUGGAGAGACGGUGCUGUCAAGCCGCCCGACUACUUCUUUGGCCCGCUCACAGGAAGUGGUAGAGUAUGGCAUGGGCAUGAAGCUCUUCCGGAGCGUAACACACAGCUUUCGUCACAGAAAGUAGCAACGUAAGAGUGGUCUAGCGGUAACCGGCAGGUAUGCGAGGAUGCGAGCCGGUCGACGGCGAUCUGUUGAGUUCUCAUCAACGAGUGCGUCCUCCUCGGUCACAUUUAUGCGCAGCGUAGAGAUCGAUUCGUUCUUUGUGCGCCUCGGGCACAGAACGACACGAGGAUGCCAAUCAGUCCAGUCAUGUCUGGAUUGAUACGAUGGAUUUGUUUUGCUUGGGCGGCUUUUUGAUACCCAGUGUUUUCCUGCUAUAGUCGUUGUGUAUGAAUAAAUGUGUAGGCUUCUUUCUCGGCGGGCUUAUGGGUUUCGCCAUUGGACUAUAUCGGAUAGGCAAGGCUCCCGGUUGUUUGGGAAAUACAUAUAGGGGAUGUUGCCUUUGUCUGAAAAUAACGUGCACUU